CGUGCGUGCGUGCGUCGUGCGUGGCCUGCUGGGACCCGGAUCGACGGCGGCGGGGUCGGGGCGCGGCGGCGGCGGUCGGGCCGAGCGGCGGAGCCUGAAGAGCCGGAGCGGGGCCCGGGAUCCCCGGGGGCUCCACGGCCGCCAUCACGGACUUCCUGUGGGAUAAGCGCACCGGGCUGGCUGCGAGGACGAUGCCUCAUUCCAGAAGGUUCCGCUCGUCGGAGCGCAGCAGCCGGGGCAGCUUCCAUGAACGUUACAGGAGCCGCAAACACAAGAGGCGGCGGUCGAGAUCCAGCAGCAGCGAACGGGAGAGGAGGCACCGCAGGGAGGGCAGCUACCAUGUCCGCUCCAGGAGCUACGACGACCACUCAGCAGACAGGAGGGCCUACGACCGCCGUUACUGCGACAGCUACCGCCGCAACGAUUACAGCCGGGAGCGAGGAGAGCCCUACUACGACCCCGAGUACCGGCAUUCCUACGAGUACCGACGCUCCCGGGACCGGGACGGCAGCUACCGGAGCUGCAAAAGCAGCCGGCGUAAGCACAGGCGGAGGCGGCGCCGCAGCCGGUCCUUUAGUCGUUCCUCAUCGCAGCGGAGUCGACAGAGCAGCAGAAGGGCCAAGAGUGUGGAGGACGACGACGAGGGGCAUCUGAUCUAUCGCAUCGGCGACUGGCUACAAGAAAGAUAUGAGAUUCUCAGCACUUUAGGGGAAGGCACAUUCGGCAGAGUGGUGCAGUGCAUGGAUCACCGGAGGGGUGGUGCACGUGUUGCUCUCAAAAUCAUUAAAAAUGUGGAGAAGUACAAAGAGGCUGCCAGGCUGGAGAUCAACGUGCUGGAGAAAAUCAACGAGAAGGAUCCUGAGAACAAGAACCUCUGUGUCAGGAUGUUUGACUGGUUUGACUACCAUGGCCACAUGUGCAUCUCCUUUGAACUGCUGGGGCUCAGCACUUUUGAUUUCCUGAAGGACAACAAUUAUCUGCCUUACCCCAUCCACCAAGUGCGGCACAUGGCCUUCCAGGUGUGCCAGGCUGUGAAAUUUCUGCAUGACAACAAACUCACUCACACCGACCUCAAACCUGAAAACAUCCUCUUUGUCAACUCUGACUAUGAGCUCACCUAUAACCUGGAAAAGAAGCGGGAUGAGCGCAGUGUGAAGAGCACGGCCAUCAGAGUGGUGGAUUUUGGCAGUGCCACGUUUGACCACGAGCAUCACAGCACAAUUGUGUCUACCAGGCACUACAGGGCCCCUGAGGUCAUUCUGGAGCUUGGCUGGAGCCAGCCCUGUGAUGUCUGGAGCAUCGGCUGCAUCAUCUUUGAGUAUUAUGUGGGUUUCACCCUGUUCCAGACACACGACAACCGGGAGCACCUGGCCAUGAUGGAGAGGAUCUUGGGGCCAAUUCCUUCUCGAAUGAUCCGGAAGACCAGGAAGCAGAAGUAUUUCUACCAUGGCCGUUUGGACUGGGAUGAGAACACCUCUGCUGGCCGUUACGUUAGGGACAACUGCAAGCCUCUGCGGCGCUACCUGACCUCUGAGGCUGAGGACCACCACCGCCUUUUCGACCUCAUUGAGAGCAUGCUGGAGUACGAGCCGUCCAAACGCAUCAGCCUGGCUGAAGCCCUCAAGCACCCAUUUUUUGACGUGCUGGAGAUGGAGCCGAGCACAAAGAUGUGGGACUCUAGCAGAGACAUCAGCCGGUGACGCCACAGGUGCCAUCCUGCCCUCAGAUUUUAGCCCCCGUGGAGGCCUGUGCGAUUUCUAUUCAGACAUUUGGUGCUUUUUUUUCCUUUCUUUUUCUUUCCUUUUUUUUUUUUGAUACAUACAAAUCUCCCUGGACGUGUUUGUAAAGCUGUUAAUAUGUGAGAUACUGUAAAUAGCUCAUAUUCUAUAUCGGCCUCUGAGCACUGCAGGCCCCACCUCCUGCUGCCAACAUUGCCAGGGGGCGAGGGGGGGUCUGCAUGUCCAUACUGUAAAUACUUUUGUUCACGUGUUGCUUUGUCUCCUGCUCAACCCUGCGCCCCUCAGUGUACAGAAUCCAGGACUUGCAGCUCUCUGUAGCUUCUCUGUUUCCGUGUAAGUUAUGAAACUGGUGGGACUGCAUGGGAAUUAUUUUUUUGGAUCGCUGUCAUAGCCCAUCCUCACACCAGAGUUUUAUAAGGAUUUUGUACAGUCUUUGUGGGAAAAUAAAUAUGAAGUGAAGAAA